AUGAAAACCACCAGUCCCAAAGACGGCAUCAGGGUGCAGGCUGGUGGGGUCCUAGUGACGGUGCCCUGGGCAGCUGAGGCUGCAGUGGCCAGAGGCCUGAGAGCCCCUGGGCCAGGGUGGAUUGGAGGAGGAGGAGGAGGAGGAGGGGCCUGCAGGGGGGGGGCUCAGGUUAUUUUGGCCCUGCCCAGCCAUCGGGGGAAAAAGCAGCAAGCGGAAAGGGGCUGGCUGGGGGACGCCAGCCGAGGCCCCGGGGGGUUAGCUGGGGGCUCCUGCUCUGAGGCCACUGCAGCCCCUAUCUCUGCUGGACCUUGUGCCGGGCGCCCCGCCAAGCUGCUGCCAGGACACUGCUGUCCUUUGCCCUGGGUGCAUCUGAUCUCCGUGACCCGCAUUCCUGUUAAUCUCCGGCCAGCCUGGCGCUUGCAGCAAAGCCGGCUCCACGUUCCAAGGCUGGCACGUCCCGAAUACGCCAGGAGCCAGCUGAGCUCCGGGGAUCACCCCUGCGCCUCCUUAGCUCCGGGGCCCAUCCUGCCAGUGCGCCGAGGCUGUCGGCAGGGAGAGCUCUGGAGAGCACCAGCCUUGUAUCCUGGGGGGAUCCGGGGCAGAGGAGACCAGCGGGGAGCGGAUGCAGGACCUCACCAGGACGCUGGCGGGAGCAGGGAGAAACACCAUGGAACCGCACACCAGGGCAGAGUGGGAGGCACCAAAGCGGCUCCAUGGCACGAGCUGGGCGGCCUGGGCACUGCUGCCGUGUCUAGCAGGGCUCGGGGAGCCAGGGCUCAGCUUGGGAUUCUGCCAGGCCCAUUCUGGCUGCACUGCACAGGCAGGGGAGACCAACGGGGGCAGUCUUGGCCUUUGGGCCUGAUCCUGCUGGGCACCAGCGCCACAUGCCAUCUGCACCUGGCGAGCGCAUGGAGCACAGAUCACAACAGAGCCCCAACGUUGUCAGACCAGGUGUAGCCCCAAACCAGAGCCACAGACCCAGCAACGGCCCCCAACAGACAUUCUGCAAGAGGAACAUGGAAUCUGAAUCAAUCUCCAUCCAUUCCCCUUAUCUAUCUAGCUAGCUCCAAGUGGUCUCUCUCUCUGGCUCUCUUUACUUCGCAAAGGAAUAUCCAACUCUUAACCAAAAUGAAAUGUAAGGAAAUUGCACCAUUCUUUGCAUCUUUUCUUUCUUUCUAUUUUUCGUUUUUUGC